UCGUUGCUUCUCUCCCUCUCGCUCUCUCCACCCACAUUGGUGCUUGCAAAUGUGGGCUUAAAGGCAAGAGUCCGUCUUGACAGCCGAAGCCCCAACCUCCUUCCUCCAUGGCGGAGGGUGACUCACCCUCGGCACAAGACCUGUAAGUGGCUUCCAGCUUGAAGGAAGCAGUCCAGCUGUGGUCUCCCUGCAGCGGGGAUUGGGUUUCCACGGGCUGCGGGAACUGCCACCGAGCGCGGCGGGGACUCCGCGGUUUGGACGGGAGAAGAAAUUCCCCGCUCACUCAGCACGGCUGUACACGGCAGCAACAAGCUUCAGGUAGACAGCUGAGACCUGAAGAUACAGAGGCAGAUGGUGAGGCCGAUGCAGAAGACGAUUCUAUCAGUGAAGUGACAACUGAAAGUAUACGACCUAGGCCACAAGGAUCAUCUCCAGUGUAUGAGUAUUGCAUAGAAGAUGAAUAUUUUAACAAAAAGCUUCAGCAAGAUAUAGAGAACAGACAAAGAAGAGAUUCUGUCUUCAAAAUGAGUGAUUCACAGGAAUCUAUGGAAGUGACAUUGCAAACAGAAGUGGAAUCUGGUGCAAGUGGAUUUAGCGUGGCUGGUGGGGGAGCUGAAGGCAUAUUUGUGAAGCAAGUGCUGAAGGAGUCCCCAGCAUCAAAACUAUUUAGUCUAAGAGAAGGUGAUCAGCUUUUGAGUGCCACAAUCUUUUUUGAUAAUAUCAAAUAUGAAGAUGCACUUAAAAUACUACAGUAUUCCGAGCCAUACAAAGUGCAGUUCAAUCUUAAAAGAAAACUUGUUGGGAAAGAUGAGCCGGAAACAAUACAUUCUGAAACACAGUCCAAAAAGGAAAAAUUAAGUCAGGGAAGGGAUACAUUGGAAAUAUCUGAGAAGACGAUCUCAGAAGAAGAUAAAACAAACUUAAUUGUAAAACAAAGAGUGGGAAGACAAAAAAGAACCAAAAAGGAUAGACUCUCAUGGCCAAAAUUCCAGUCCAUUAAGGGAAAGAAGAUUUUGGGACACAGAAGAUCUCGAAGUACAUCAGAUGCAUAUGAACAUGGCAUUCCAGAUGUUUCUCCCACAAGCACGGAUACAGAAUCACAAUUCCAGCCAGAGGAAACUCAUGGAAAAAUUAAAAAACAAAGCCAAAAGAAACUAAAAUUUCCAACUAUUGGAUUCAAGAUGCACAAAAGUAAACAAGAACCAUAUGAAGUAAAUCCAUUCAAAGAAUAUGAAAAUGAUACUACUAUGGAGCUCCCUGAUGUAAUGACAAGAGAGUAUACUACUUCAUUUGAUAUAGAUAGAAAAACAAGAGAAAAACAAGAGCCAAAAAGAGAAGUAUCAGACACAAUAUUUCAACUUCCACAACAUACAAGAAAAUACCCCGAUGUUGAACUAACUAUUCCAAUGUCCAAAGAGAAGAAGGCAAAAUCCAAUGUAGAAUUUACAAAACAGGAACCUACAGUUACAACAUCACAGAUGAAAACAGCAGUAAUUCAAACAAAAGAUAUUUCAGACUCUCAAAUGAAAGUUUCACAAAAUAUUCCAAAAAUAAGGAAAAAAAAGCAAAAAGAUACAAGAGAGAAAUUACAAACUGAAACCCAAUAUCGGAAAGAUGAAAAAGGAAAAGAAACAACUAUUUCCAGCAAACACACAUUACCACAUAUUGAAGGGCCCAAAUUCGAGAUGGACAUCAACAUGCCUAAAGUGGAUAUCUCCCUUCCCAAAGCCGACCAUAAGGCUACCAAAUCUGAGUUGAAGAUGGGAGAAAUUACUGCUGAUAUAAACAUCUCAGUAUGUGACAUUAAGUCCCCAACAGGCCAGGCUGUUUUGGGAUUGCAAACUCCAGACCUAGAAACAAAGACUCCAUCAGGCAAGAUUCCUCCUGAGGGUUCAGAAGGUAGACUAGAAGAUGACGAUGGUAAGUUCAAAAUGUUAAAGUUCCAAAUGCCCAAGUUUGGAAUUUCACUGCCCAAGGGGAAAGGUGUCCCAGAGGGACACCUUUCUAUGGAAGGAGAUCUCCCCAAAACAGGAAUGAAAGGGGAAGUCACACUGCCCACAACAGAAUUUGAAGCUGACAUUAAGCUGCCAAAAGUGGAAGUGGAGGCCCCCAGCCUGGAUGUGGAGGCCACAGAGAAGGGCAAAAUCAAAAUGCCUGGAAUGAAAGUGCCUAGCGUAAAGGUCCCCAAACUCAAAACGCCAGAAGUGGGGAUCUCCCUGCCAAAGGUCGAGGCGGACGUCUCCCUCCCCAAGGGAAAAGCCGAAGUGCCUGAAGCCGAGAUGGCUGUGAAAGUGCCAGAGGCUGAAGGNACCAUCGAGGGUGGUGGGAUGAAGAUACACAUGCCAAAGUUCAAGAUGCCCAGCAUGGGGUUCUCCAAACCAGACAUCAGGGGCCCGAAACUUGACAUGGAUGUCAGCAUGCCUAAAGUGGACAUUUCUCUUCCUGAAGCUGAGCUCCAUGUUGCCAAACCCGAGAUGAAGGCUGGCAAACUCGAGGGUGACAUCAGUAUCUCAGCCCCUGACAUUAAGAUUCCAACAGGCGAGGCCACCCUGGAACUGAAAGUCCCGGACGUAGACAUAGAGGCUCCUUCUGGCAAGGUGGCUGUGGAGGGGCCCGAUCUUAAGCUGGAAAGCGGGGAUAGUAAGUUCAAAAUGCCCAAGUUCCAAAUGCCCAAGUUUGGAAUUUCACUGCCCAAGGGGAAAGGUGUCCCAGAAGGAGAAGUCACCAUACCUUCCAUGGAAGCAGAUCUCCCCAAAACAGGACUGAAAGCGGAAGUCACACUGCCUUCUGCGGAGCCCAAAGCUGAUAUUAAGCUGCCAGAAGUGGAGAUCGAGACCCCUAGCCUAGACGUGGAGGUUGGGGAGAAGGGCAAACUCAAAAUGCCUGGAGUAAAGGUGCCUAGCGUCAAGGUCCCCAAGCUCAAAACGCCAGAAGUAGGUAUCUCCCUGCCAAAGGUCGAGGCAGACGUCUCCCUCCCCAAGGGAAAAGCCGAAGUGCCUGAAGGAGAGAUGACUGUGAAAGUGCCGGAGGCUGAAGGCACCAUCGAGGGUGCUGGGAUGAAGAUACACAUGCCAAAGUUCAAGAUGCCCAGCAUGGGGUUCUCUAAACGAGAUAUCAAGGGCCCCAAAGUCGACGUUGAUGUCAGCAUGCCUAAAGUGGACAUUUCUUUUCCUGAAGCCAAGAUCCAUGUUGCCAAACCCGAGAUGAACACUGGAGAACUGGCGGGUGACAUCAGUAUCUCAGCCCCCGACAUUAAGAUUCCAACAGACCAAGCCACCCUGGAACUGAAAGCCCCCGAUGUAGAGAUAGCAGCUCCUUCUGGCAAGGUGGCUGUCGAGGGGCCCGAUGUUAAGCUGGAAACCGGGGAUAGUAAGUUCAAAAUGCCCAAGUUCCAAAUGCCCAAGUUUGGAAUUACACUGCCCAAGGGGAAAGGUGUCCCACAUGGAGAAGUCACCAUACCUUCCGUGGAAGCAGAUCGCCCCAAAACAGGACUUCAGGGAGAAAUCACACUGCCUUCUAUGGAGGAUCAAGCUGACCUUAAGGUACCAGCAGUGGAGGUCGAGGCCCCCAGCCUAGACAUGGAGAUUUGGGAGGAGGGUAAACUGAAAAUGCCUGGAGUAAAAGUGCCUAGCGUCAAGGUCCCCAAGCUCAAAACGCCAGAAGUAGGGAUCUCCCUGCCAAAGGUCGAGGCGGACGUCUCCCUCCCCAAGGGAAAAGCCGAAGUGCCUCAAGGAGAGGUGGCUGUGAAAGUGCCGGAGGCUGAAGGCACCAUCGAGGGUCGUGGGAUGAAGAUACACAUGCCAAAGUUCAAGAUGCCCAGUGUGGGGCUCUCCAAACCAGACAUCAAGGGCCCCAAAGUUGAUAUUGACGUCAGCAUGCCUAAAAUCGACAUUUCUAUUCCUGAAGCUGAGAUCCAUGUUGCCAAACCCGAACUGAAGGCUGGCGAACUCAAGGGCGACAUCAGUAUCUCAGCCCCUGACGUUAAGAUUCCAACAGGCCAGGCCACCCUUGAACUGAAAGCCCCCGAUGUAGACAUAGCGGCUCCUUCUGGCAAGGUGGCUGUGGAGGGGCCCGAUGUUAAGCUGGAAAGUGGGGAUAGUAAAUUCAAAAUGCCCAAGUUCCAAAUGCCCAAGUUCGGAAUAUCAUUGCCCAAGGGGAAGGGUGUCCCAGAGGGAGAAGUCACCAUACCUUCUGUGCACGCAGAUCUCCCCAAAACAGGACUGAAAUCAGAAAUCACACUGCCUUCUGCGGAGCUUGAAGCUGACAUUAAGCUGCCAGAAGUGGAGGUCGAGGUCCCCAGCCUAGAUGUGGAGGUUGGGGAGGAGGGUAAACUCAAGAUGCCUGGAGUGAAGAUGCCUAGCGUCAAGGUCCCCAAACUCAAAACGCCAGAAGUAGGUAUCUCCGUUCCAAAGGUCGAGGCAGAUGUCUCCCUCCCCAAGGGAAAAGCCAAAGUGCCUGAAGGAGAGGUGGCUGAGAAAGUGCCAGAGGCUGAAGGCACCAUCGAGGGUGGUGGAAUGAAGAUACACAUGCCAAAGUUCAAGAUGCCUAGCAUGGGGUUCUCCAAACCAGACAUCAAGGGCCCCAAAGUUGAUGUUGACAUCACCAUGCCUAAAGUCGACAUUUCUCUUCCUGAAGCUGAGCUCCACGUUGCCAAACCCGAGAUGAAGGCUGGCGAACCCAAGGGCGACAUCAGUAUCUCAGCCCCUGACAUUAAGAUACCAACAGGCCAGGCCACCCUGGAACUGAAAGCCCCCGAUGUAGACAUAGCGGCUCCUUCUGGCAAGGUGGCUGUGGAGGGGCCUGAUGUUAAGCUGGAAAGCGGGGAUAGUAAAUUCAAAAUUCCCAAGUUCCAAAUGCCCAAGUUCGGAAUAUCAUUGCCCAAGGGGAAAGGUGUCCCAGAGGGAGAAGUCACCAUACCUUCUGUGCAAGCAGAUCUCCCCAAAACAGGACUGAAAUCAGAAAUCACGCUGCCUUCUGCGGAGCUUGAAGCUGACAUUAAGCUGCCAGAAGUGGAGGUCGAGGUCCCCAGCCUAGAUGUGGAAGUUGGGGAGAAGGGUAAACUCAAGAUGCCUGGAGUGAAGAUGCCUAGCGUCAAGGUCCCCAAACUCAAAACGCCAGAAGUAGGUAUCUCUCUGCCAAAGGUCGAGGCAGAUGUCUCCCUCCCCAAGGGAAAAGCCAAAGUGCCUGAAGGAGAGGUGGCUGAGAAAGUGCCGGAGGCUGAAGGCACCAUCGAGGGUAGUGGGAUGAAGAUACACAUGCCAAAGCUCAAGAUGCCUACCAUGGGGUUCUCCAAACCAGACAUCAAGGGCCCCAAAGUUGAUGUUGACGUCAGCAUGCCUAAAGUCGACAUUUCUCUUCCUGAAGCUGAGCUCCACGUUGCCAAACCCGAGAUGAAGGCUGGCGAACUCAAGGGCGACAUCAGUAUCUCAGCCCCAGACGUUAAGAUUCCAACAGGCCAGGCCACCCUGGAACUGAAAGCCCCCGAUGUAGACAUAGUGGCUCCUUCUGGCAAGGUGGCUGUGGAGGUGCCUGAUGUUAAGCUGGGAAGCGGGGAUAGUAAAUUCAAAAUGCCCAAGUUCAAAAUGCCCAAGUUAGGAAUUUCACUGCCCAAAGGGAAAGCUGUUCCAGAGGGAGAAGUCACCAUACCUUCCAUGGAAGGAGACCUCCCCAAAACAGAACUGAAAACAGAAGUCUCACUUCCGUCUGCAGAAAUUGAAGGUGAUAUUAAGCUGCCUGAAGUGGAAGUCGAGGCACCCAGCUUAGACAUGGAGAUUGUGGAGAAGGGCAAAAUCAAAAUGCCUGGAGUGAAGACGCCUAGCGUCAAGGUCCCCAAGCUCAAAACGCCAGAAGUAGGUAUCUCCCUGCCAAAGGUUGAGGCAGACAUAUUUCUCCCAAAAGAAGAAGCUGAAGUCCCUGAAGGAAAGGUGGCUGUGAAAGUGCCAGAGGCUGAAGGCACAAUUGAAGGUCGUGGGAUGAAGAUACACAUGCCAAAGUUCAAGAUGCCUAGCAUGGGAUUCUCCAAACCAGACAUAAAGGGCCCCAAAGUCGACAUGGAUGUCAGCAUGCCUAAAGUGGAUAUUUCUCUUCCCGAAGCUGAGCUUCACGUUGCCAAACCCGAGAUGAAGGCUGGCGAACUCAAGGCCGACAUCAGUAUCUCAGCCCCCGACGUUAAGAUUCCAACAGGCCAGGCCACCCUGGAACUGAAAGCCCCCGACGUAGAUAUAGAGGCUCCUUCUGGCAAGGUAGCUGUGGAGUUGCCUGAUGUUAAGCCCGAAAGAGGGGAUAGUAAGUUUAAAAUGCCCAAGUUCCAAAUGCCCAAGUUUGGAAUUACAAUGCCCAAGGGGAAAGGUGUCCCAGAGGGAGAAGUCACCAUACCUUCCGUGCAAGCAGAUCUCCCCAAAACAGGAUUGAAAUCAGAAAUCACGCUGCCUUCUGCGGAGCUUGAAGCUGACAUUAAGCUGCCAGAGGUGGAGGUCGAGGUCCCCAGCCUAGAUGUGGAGGUUGGAGAGAAGGGCAAAAUCAAGAUGCCUGGAGUGAAGAUGCCUAGCGUCAAGGCCCCCAAACUCAAAACGCCAGAAGUAGAUAUCUCCGUUCCAAAGGUCGAGGCAGACAUCUCUCUCCCGAAAGGAGAUGCUGCAGUCCCUGAAGGAAAGGUGGCUGUGAAACUGCCAGACACUGAAGGUCGUGGGAUGAAGAUACACAUGCCAAAGUUCAAGAUGCCUAGCAUGGGGUUCUCCAAACCAGACAUCAAGGGCCCCAAACUUGAUGUUGAUGUCAGCAUGGCUAAAGUGGACAUUUCUCUUCCUGAAGCUGAGCUGCACAUUGCCAAACCCAAGAUAAAGGCUGGCGAACUCAAGGGCGACAUCAGUAUCUCAGCCCCUGAUGUAAAGAUUCCAACAGGCCAGGCCACCCUGGAACUGGAAAUUCCUGACCUAGACCUGGAAUCUUCUUCCGGCAAGGUGGCUGUGGAAGGGCCUGAUGUUAAGGUGGAGAGUGGGGAUAUUAAGUUCAAAAUGCCCAAGUUUCAAAUGCCCAAGUUUGGAAUUUCACUGCCCAAGGGGAAGGGUGUCCCGGAGGGAGAAGUCAUCAUACCUUCUGUGGAAGCAGAUCUCCCCAAAACAGGAGUGAAAUCAGAAAUCACGCUGCCUUCUGCAGAGCUUGAAGCUGAUAUUAAGCUGCCAGAGGUGGAGGUUGAGGUCCCCAGCCUAGACCUGGAGGUUGGGGAGAAGGGGAGACUCAAGAUGCCUGGAGUGAAGAUGCCUAGCGUCAAGGUCCCCAAGCUCAAAACGCCAGAAGUAGGUAUCUCCCUGGCAAAGGUCGAGACGGACGUCUCCCUCCCCAAGGGAAAAGCCGAAGUUCCUGAAGGAGAGGUGGCUGUGAAAGUGCCGGAAGCUGAAGGCACCAUCGAGGGGGGGGGGAUGAAGAUACACAUGCCAAAGUUCAAGAUGCCCAGCAUGGGGUUCUCCAAACCAGACACCAAGGGCCCCAAAGUUGAUGUUGACGUCAGCAUGCCUAAAGUGGACAUUUCUAUUCCCGAAGCUGAGCUCCACGUUGCCAAACCCGAGAUAAAGUCUGGCGAACUCGAGGGCAAUAUCAGAAUUUCAGCCCCCGACAUUAAGAUUCCAACAGGCCAGGCUACCAUGGAACUGAAAGCCCCUGAUGUACAGAUAGAGGCUCCUUCUGGCAAGGUGGCUGUGGAGGGGCCCGAUGUUAAGCUGGAAAGCGGGGAUAGUAAGUUCAAAAUGCCCAAGUUCAAAAUGCCCAGGUUAGGAAUUUCAUUGCCCAAAGGGAAAGCUGUUCCAGAGGAAGAAGUCACCAUACCUUCCAUGGAAGGAGACCUCCCCAAAACAGAACUGAAAGCAGAAGUCUCACUUCCGUCUGCAGAACUUGAAGGUGAUAUUAAGCUGCCGGAACUGGAAGUGGAGGCCCUCAGCCUAGACAUGGACAUUACGGAUAAGGGCAAACUCAAAAUGCCUGGAGUGAAGAUGCCUAGUGUCAAGGUUGCCAAGCUCAAAACGCCAGAAGUAGGGAUCUCCCUGCCAAAGGUCGAGGCGGACGUCUGCCUCCCCACGGGAAAAGCCAAAGUGCCUGAAGGUGAGGUGGCUGUCAACCUGCCAGAGGCUGAAGGCACCAUCGAGGGUGGUGGGAUAAAAAUACACAUGCCAAAGUUCAAGAUGCCCAGCAUGGGGUUCUCCAAACCAGACAUCAAGGGCCCCAAAGUUGACGUUGAUGUCAGCAUGCCUAAAGUGGACCUUUCUCUUCCUGAAGCUGAGCUCCAUGUUGCCAAACCUGAGAUGAAGGCUGGCGAACCCGUGGAUGAAAUCAGUAUCUCAGCCCCUGAUGUAAAGAUUCCAAUGGGCCAGGCCACCCUGGAACUGAAAGCCCCUGACGUAGACAUAAAGGCUCCUUCUGGCAAAGUGACUGUACAGGGGCCUGACGUCAAGCUGGAAAGCGGGGAUAGUAAAUUUAAAAUGCCCAAGUUCAAAAUGCCCAAGUUAGGAAUUUCAUUGCCCAAGGGGAAAGCUGUUCCAGAGGGAGAAGUCACCAUACCUUUCUUGGAAGCAGACCUCCCCAAAACAGUAAUGAAAGUGGAAGUUGCACUGCCCUCUACAGGUCCUGAAGCUGACAUUAAGCUGCCAGAAGUAGAAGUGCAGGGCCCCAGCCUGGACGUGGAGGUUGGGGAGAAGGGCAAACUCAAAAUGCCUGGAGUGAAGAUGCCUAGCCUCAAGGCCCCCAAGCUCAAAGCACCAGAAGUGGGUAUCUCCCUGCCAAAAGUCGAGGCAGACCUCUCCCUCCCCAAAGGAAAAGCUGAGGUGCCCGAAGUCGAGGCAGCUGUCAAAAUGCCGGAGUCUGAAGGCACCAUUGAGGGUGGAGGGAUGAAGAUACACAUGCCAAAGUUCAAGAUGCCCAGCAUGGGUUUCUCUAAACCAGAGAUCAAGGGCCCCAAAGUCGACAUGGACCUCAGUGUGCCUAAAGUGGACCUUUCUCUUCCUGAAGCCAAGAUCCAUGUUGCCAAACCUGAUAUGAAGGCAGGCGAAGUCAUGGACGACAUCAGUAUCUCAGCCACUGAAAUUGGGGACACCCUGGAACUGAAAACUCCCGACCUACACCUGGAAUGUUCUUCCAGCAAGGUCACUGUGCAGGGGCCCGACGUUAAGCUGGAAAGCGGGGAUAGUAAGUUCCAAAUGCCCAAGUUGGGAAUUUCACUGCCCAAGGGAAAAGGUGUCCCAGAGGGAGAAGUUACCAUACCCUCUGUGGAAGCGGAUUUCCCCAAAACAGGUCUGAAAGCUGAAGUCACACUGCCUUCUGCAAAGCUUGAAGCUGACAUUAAGCUGCCAGAACUGGAAGCGGAGCCCCCCUGCCUGGACAUGGAGAUUGGAGAGAAGGGCAAAAUCAAAAUGCCUGGAAUGAAGUUGCCUAGUAUGAAGGCCCCCAAGCUUACAUCACCAGAAGUAGGGAUCACCUUGCCAAAGUCUGAAGCGGAUGUCUCCCUCUCCAAAGCAAAAGCUGAAAUGCAUGAUAGUGAGGCGGCCAUCAAAGUGGCAGGAGCAGAAGACAGUCAUGAGAAGGGUAGGAUGAAAAUACACAUGCCAAGGUUCAAAAUGCCCAGCAUGGGAUUCUCUAAACAGGAUAUCAAGGGACCUAAAAUCGAUGUGGAUGUCAGCAUGCCUGAUGUACACGUCUCUCUUCCGAAAGCUGAGCUCAGCGCUACAGAACCCAGGCUUAAGACAGACGAACUUGAGGGUGACCUCAGAAUAGCAGCACCUGAUGUAAAGAUUCCAAGGGUCCCAGUCACUGUGGAGCUAAAAGCUCCCAACAUAGGAGUACAGGCUUGUUCAGGAAAAAUUCCAGAUACUGAUAUUGGCCUACCCAAGGAUGUUGAUGUGCCCCAGCUGAAAACAACAACAGAUAUUACUGAUAUUGCAGUGGAAGCUCCAACCCUUGAAAUGGAGUCUGAUGUACCUGGUGAAAAAAAGAAAGUUUUGGAAGAGAAAAUGAAAAUGUCCCAAAUCUUUAGAGUUGAUGUGAAGACUGCAGCAGUGGGCAUACCAUCUGUCGAUAUUUCUGUCGCACAGUCAGAGGUAAGCACUCAGGAUUCACAUGCUGCAGCUAAGGAACCAGAAACUAAGGGAGAGGUAAAGUCAGAAAGUUUAGAUGGAGAAGAAAAAGGACAUUUCAAAAUGCCAAAAUUCAAAUUGCCAUCACUGAGCUGGUCCCCUAAAAAGGAAGCAAGCCUUAAAACAAAUAUAAAAGAACCGCUGGAAGAAUCCAAACUGACCAUAGUAUCAGAUGAUACAGGCACAGAACCAAAAGUAACUCUUUCACAAGAUCAAGGAGUUCAUAUUGACCAAAAUGUAGAAAUAGCCACCAAAAAAGGUCAGGUGAAAAGACCUCAUAUAACUAUGCCCAAAAUCUCACUGUCUAAGACAAAGCUACCAAGAGCAGAGGUGGAUAUAGUCGUGGAAGGUGAUGGAGCUUCAGUACAAAUACCUGACAUAGAAAGCAGUUUUACUACAAGAAAAGUAGAAGAAACAGAAAUAAGUGUAAAAAUGUUGAAAGAUGAAAUCAAAGAAGAAAUCAAAACUUUCCAGACAGAUACAGAUAUUAACUUAUCCAAAACUGAUAUUAAGGUGCCCAUGACAAAAAGUUCAUUUGAGCAGAAGAGUUUAGAAACAGAGUUCAAAGGUGAUGUUUGUAUGGACAAUGCAAGUAUGAAAUCUGAUGGUACAGAGGGGAAGUUUAGCAUGCCAAAACUCAAAAUGCCAAAUUUUGGAAUUUCACAUCAGGAAAGUGAUGUAUCCGAGAGUGGAAUCAUUUUACCAAAAACAGAAUCUGAUGUCUCUCAGUUUCAAAUGACAACAGAAUCUGAUAAACUUGGUGGAAAAGCUCUGCCCCUAGAAGUUAAAAAUGAUGAAGCAAAUCCUGAAGAAAUUCAGACUGAGGAAUCUCAGAGUUGGUUUAAAAUGCCAAAAUUCAAAAUGCCUUCAUUUGGCCGAACUUCUUCAAAGACAAAAAAAAGUGAUGCUGAAACUGAAGACAGCACUGGAAAAGCUCUUGUCACUGAAUUACAAGUUGAAGUAAAAUCUCCUGAAGUUGUAACCACAUCUCCCCAUAUGGAACUUGACAUUGGAAAAGACAUUUUAGAACAAGAAGUCAUGCUUCCUCAAGAGGAUAUACAGUCUAACACUGACCUGUUAGUGGGUGAAGGCAGUUUUUUACAGUCCUCAGACAAAGCUGGCAGGAAACUUAGUGACCUGGAGACUAAAACGUAUGCUGAUGUAGUUAAACAUGGUGCAGAAGGACAAAGUUUGCAAAUACAUAAAACUGGGUUCAUUGGCCCUACAUCAGAAAUCGCUAUCCCAAAGAUGGAUAUUGAUAUAAACAUCCCUAAAAGUGAAAUGACCCUUCAGCAACACCAAGUCACAUUAGACCCUAUGGGAGUGGCUGAGGUACCACCUACUGAAAUUACUAUGGGAAGGAAAAUUGAUCCUACUAUUUCAGACACAGAGCCUCUGCAAAGCCUUGAUACACAACCUGAAGAGAUGGGAAGUGAAAAGAAGUCACCAAAAAAGGAUACUCAGGGAAAAGAAAGUAUAUUCAAAAUGCCGACAUUCAGCGUGCCUUUGUUCGGAUGGUCUACCACAAAGAGCAGUGCCAUUGUUCCCGGUAUUGUAUCUGACCUAGAAGAACCUGCUGUUGCUCUUUCCAAAAUUUCAAUCACAGAUGAAGACUUUGAAAUUAUAGAUUAUCCAACUGAGGGCUUUGAAAAAGAUUUGCCCACAGAAGAUGAAGUGAAAGCAGAAGAGAAAGAGAAAUCAAGUAAAUCAAAAGCAUCUAAAUUCAAGAUACCAAAAUUUGCCAAUUUGCGCAGUAAAUCUCAGGGUGCAGAAAUUCAGGUUGAUCCACCAAAAAUGCAGACUGAGGUAUCACUAGUUAAACCUGAAGGAGAGAUACCAGGAAUCCAAGUUCAGGAUAAAAAACCAGGAGAUGCAGAAGUAAGUUUUCUUAUUCCCAAAUUCAAAAUGCCCAAAUUCACACAUAUAAUUUCUGAAGGAGAAACGCUGACUUCAGAAGAGACAAUGGAUAUAAAACAUACUACUACUGAUGAUAUUUCUCAACUGCAGUUCAGGACCAUGUUACCUGAAGGGAAAGGAGAUACAGGUUAUGAUAUUCAGAAAUCAAAAGUCAGAAUUACAACACUGUCUGAACCUGCCAUUCAAAGACCACUAGUUGGAAGUAAACUCCCAUCUACGGACUCUUCUUUUGCAGAUACAACAGUGUAUAUACAAGUGCCAAAGAAAUUCAGUGCUGAAUUUCUUACAGAGAAAAUAGACACCAAAGAUGGUAACAUUCAGAAGUCAAUAGCUAAAAUUACAACCCUGAGGGAGCCAGACAUUCAAAAAGCACCACUUGAAAUUAAACUUCAGCCUGAAGAUCCAUUUAGUCCUAGUGCACCAGUGCAGGUUCAAGGAUCAUACAUUGAAAGUAAAGAAAUAAAGAUGGAAGAUAAAUCUACCUUUGGUUAUGGUGAUGCUGCUGAAAUACAGGAAUCUUUCUCCAGUCAAAUAGUAAAAGAAUCUGAGAUUCUUCCAUCAGAAGUUAAAACAGCUGCCUUUGGAUUUUCACUUCUCAAAGUGAAAAUCCAGGAAUCACAUGUGAGCUUAGAUACACCAGUCAAAUUAUCUUCUACAGAAUGUAUGGAUGAAACAUUUGAGGGUAAGGAUCAUCAACUUUCAGGUUCAGGAGAAACAGCACAAAUGUCUGGUUUGGGUAAAGUGAAACCAUCUGGUAAGGAUAAAGAUAUAACUUGUGAAUUUACUGAAGAAGCAUCUUCUGCUACAACACUGACAAAGCUUAAAGCCUUUACAGCUGAAGUACAAUCUUCUAGUGAGUUUGCAGAGAGUCAUUCUGAGCCAAUAGAGAUAUCUAAAUCUGCUGUUGAAAUUGCAGAAGAAACUAAAUUUACAAGUAGCACAGAAGAGCCCACAGAUGAGAAAGAAAAACUUGACAGUAAGAGAUCUUCUGGCAGAUUUAAACUUUGGCUUCCAAGUAUUGGGUUUUCUUCCACUGCUGAAGGCACAAUGUCAGAUUCAAAACCUGAAGCUCAACAGGAAAUUCAGUCUGAUGAUUCAUCCGUAUUGGACAGUGAUACUGCGAAACAAACUGAAAAAACAGGAUGGUUUAGAUUUCCCAAGUUAGGUUUUUCAUCUCCAACAAAAAAGAGCAAGGAAGCAGACAAAGAAAAGGAAACAGAUCCAAAAGAAGGAAAGGAUGAAGAAAGUCCAACAGAAAAAUCAGAAACUUUUUUUGAUGCUCAAGAAACCUUAUCACUCAAAGAGAAAGAAGAAAAUGAAACCUCAGGUGACAUACCAUCAGAGCCCAUUGUUUCAUCUUCAGCAAGAACUGAAUUGAUACUCUUAGAGAAAGGGAAAGCCGAACCCCAAUGCAUUCCUGAAGGCUCAUCAAAAUAAAAUUGUUUCUUCCUCCUUAUAUACAUAACAAUAUUAUUCUAAAAAUACUUUUAAAAAUCAGAAAAUAGCAUUGCCUCCAUUUCAGCAAAAUAAAUAGAAUGUUACCUUAAAAUGAUCUUUAAAACACUUUAUAUUGCAGUAGUGUUUAUAAGCUCAUGGAAGAGUCUUUCAUGUCUUCACAGAAACACUUGUUACCAACAAUAUGAGACAACACGUGCAAGAAAAUACAGACAUACGGACAGGCCAUACCAUUGAUUAAAGAUAUCCAUAGUUCUAAUGAAACCAGCAAAGAUCCUUUCUACCAAUUUCCAUAGAGAUGUUCUUUCUUCAGACCUAUUUAGAGGAACCAAAGCAAAGCAAGAGAUUAAAUAUACUUUCCUGAAAAUUACAAUGAUUUUGUUUGGAAUUAUUUGCAGAAAGUACUAAGAAGCUAGUGCCGAGAGAAAUAGAAAUAUAUUUCUCCUUUUUUUUAGAUUUUAUUUUUUUAACUAUAUUUAUGCUGCUAUCUUAUGAAAAAAAGAUCAUUAUCUUAGAAUAGGUAUACUUUAGGAGCAUUGUAAACUGUAGAUAAAUGGAAAUAAGAAUGUAAAUGUUAUAGCAGUUAUUCUUACUUUAAGACUUUGUUCACCCAAUACAAUUAAUUGUGUCAGUUACAGAUCUUGCAGCUGGAUUUGCACAACAUGUUAAAUUUGCUUAGUUUUAAGCUUGGUUAAUUUUUUUGUAAUUGGCAUGUGGUAUGAACCCAACCCAUUUGUACAAAUCAAGAAAAUGGGUUAAUUUGGUAGCCAGCUUAAGCACGCUUUGUAAAUAAAGGCUAUGAGUCUUGUCUACAGUCCAGUUCAGGUGAAUUAUUCGGAGCUACAGCAAUUGCGUAUCUAUCAUAAAUCUAAGUUACCUACUGUGGUAACUUAGUGCCAUAUUUUCCAGUAUGUUGUGCUGGCAAAGCUUCCAACUGAUAGAUAUAUCCUGAGCAUUUAUGUGCCAGAACAGCAUAGAUAAUUCAGGUUGCUUCUGAAUUGUCUUUUUUAUCAAGGAUCUUAAUGCUGAUAUAUUAAGAUCUGUGUUGGUGCUCCAUGUCAUGAUCAUUUGUGUGCAUAGUAAUCAACAUUCACUCCCAUGUCGCCACUAGUUGGGAGUUUUCCAAUAUGCUAAACAAGAAUUUAACACUUUCCUGCUUCUCUAGUUUCUUAUCAGAUACAGUAAAAAUAAAAUUCUUCAUGCAACAUAACAGCAUUAAGCACUAAAUGCAUUCAGUUUACAACAUGAUAUUACUGCCAAGUGAAUUUCCCCUAUUUUAAGUACAACAUUUUUAAUCACCAAAAGGCAAGAUGCAUAAGAUCAAUCUACCUUCAUAAAAAGAACCUUCUGAAUCAAACAAGAUGGUAGUCCUAAACAAGGGUUUGAAGGGGUUUAAUAUCAAGUACUUCAGUGUGACAUGAUUGCAAAUUGGAAUUCAAGGGACUUGAGAAGACAGUAAUAGUGUUUGGUGUCAUCUUUGAAGUACAAAGUACAAAUAGAAGAGGACAAAUACACAUGGUUUUAAAGGUUUCCUGGAGAUGUAAAUAGUUAUUAUUGGAUUCUGGAUUAUAUGAUUGCUUUUUAGAAAUAUACAGCUAACAAAGAUGAUACAUACCUAUUUAAAAAUUAUGCUUACUUAUGACAAGAAUGUAGAAUAUAUUCUGGCUAUGCUCCCAAUAUGGAAAUAAAAGCAGUAUUGUUUGUAUUGUGAUAA